AUGUUGAUAAAUCUGGCAUUGCUGAUGCUCCGGGUAUCGUCUCUUGUGGGAGCCACUUCCGAAUGUCGGUGUCAACCUAGUGACGUAUGCUGGCCUUCCAGGGAUGAUUGGAAACACCUAAACGAAUCUAUCAGUGGUCAUUUGGUUCGCGUCUACCCCAUAGGUCACGUAUGCCAUGCGCCCUUCUUCAACGAAGCCUCCUGCAAUCAGCUCGUUCACUUGCAGUAUGAUUCUAACUGGCGCGCAGAGCAACCAGGAGCUUUGCAAAGUUUCAACUGGGAGAAUUGGCCCGGGAAAAACGAAAGUUGUACCAUUGAGGCAAACUCGAGCUCCGUGUGCGGGCAAGGGCGCAUACCUUUAUACUCUGCAGUAGUCCACUCGGUCGAUGAAAUCCGCACUGUGGUCAGGUUUGCCAAGCGGAGAAAUAUUCGGUUGGUUAUCAAGAACACGGGUCAUGACUCAACUGGUCGAUCGGGUGCUCCCAAUUCUCUUCAAAUCCUCACGAAUCGCAUGAAAGAUAUAACCUUCCCCGACGACUUCGUCCCUCCCCAAGGGGGUUUGGGAAUAAAUAACGUCAACGCCAUUGGAGUGCCUGCCGUCAGUAUCGGGGCAGGAGUCAUGGUAGGUGAGCUUUAUGCCGCCGCUGCUGCUCGAGGGCUUAUCGUGGUAGCAGGAGAAUGCUCCACGGUCGGCGUUGCUGGAGGGUAUCUUCAGGGUGGUGGGGUGUCAACAGUCCUUAGUCCAAUGUAUGGACUAGCGGUAGACCAUGUUCUGGAACUAGAAGUUGUGACGGCACAGGGCGACAUAGUCACUGCAAACGAGAGCCAACACGAGGAUCUGUUUUGGGCCCUCCGGGGAGGUGGAGGAGGCACUUAUGGAAUUGUCACCAAAGUCACGAUGCGAACAUUCCGAGAUAUCCCAUCAGUUAUCCCGACCAUCCAUUUCACCUAUCCACAAGCAAAUGAUAUCUUCUGGCAAACAAUAACGCAGAUUGUGCGACUAACGCAAUCCCUGUCGGUCAACGGAAAUUCGGGACAGUACAUAGUAGGUCGUCUGCCGAGUUACCAUUGGUACGUGAACUGGACAAUGUUCGUCUGGGACGACAACAAUUCAGAGUUGCUUGAAGAACAGGUUCGGCUCUUUCUGAGGUUUCUUGACUGGUUUGGUAUCGAGUAUCAAUAUGAGUUGGCCGAAUACUCCAAAAUCAGCGCCUUUCUCACUAUUCCCAAGCAGGCAGAUAUUGGCGGGAUCGGAUACCUGCAAAGCAGCGUAGUGAUAUCCGAGUCUUUCAUGGAUAGCAUCGCCGGCACUUCAAGACUGACAGCGUCCUUUUCGAAGCUGGUGUUGGAUCCUGGCGCACUGAUUACGGUCAAUGUGCUGGGAGGGCAGAUUAACCUCAACGCCAAGGACGGGGACACGCCUGUCAAUCCGAUGUGGCGGUCAUCUGCCCUCCUUGUAGUUCUGAUGCAAUCAUUCCCGCCCACACCUGAAGCACAAUCAGCCGCACAUCAAACGCUAUCCCGGGUCAAUACACCUAUUCUCGCCUCUAUCGAUCCUGAGGGAGGUGGUGUCUACUUCAACGAGGCAGAUCCCGAACAGAGGGACUUUCAGAAUGCUUUCUGGGGUCGCCAUUAUGGCCGAUUGCGUCAAAUCAAGAGCCAAUGGGAUCCGGAAGGCCUGUUCAUGGUGCGGAACGGGGUUGGCAGCGAGGACUGGGAUACUGAGAGUAUGUGCAGGAAGGAGACUAUGGCACCGGUCUAG